ACACCUUUUUCUCAGCUGGCUUAAUAUCCCCAGCAUCCUCUCGCUUCGGUCGCCUUACGACACUAAUACCUUCCCACACCUGUCCACUACGUACUCGCGCUUCCAGUAAUCAUACAAGAUGACUCGGUUCACGGCUACACUACUCGCCCUCGUCGCGUUUUUCUCGACGUACACUCUCGCGGUCUCUCCUCUCGUUGUCAAGGGCUCGGACUUUGUGAAUACCGUGGAUGGCACGCGCUUUCAGAUCAUCGGAGUCGCGUACCAACCUGGUGGUUCCUCUGGUUUUGACCCAUCUUCUGGUGUGGACCCGUUGAGUGACGCAUCAGUCUGCCUGCGAGAUGCCGUCCUUAUGCAGAGAUUGGGCGUUAACGCAAUUCGAGUCUACAACCUCGAUCCCGACCUCGACCACACCGAAUGCGCCUCCAUCUUCAAUGCUGCUGGUAUCUACAUGAUUCUCGACGUCAACAGUCCGUUGGCAGACCAAUCUCUGGAUCGCACUGCACCAUGGGACUCGUAUGAUUUGGACUAUCUCCAGCGUGUGUUCAAGGUUGUGGAAGACUUCAUGCAGUUCAAUAACACACUGGGAUUUUUCAGCGGCAACGAAGUCAUUAACCAGGAUUCGGUUGCAGAAGUCCCUGCAUAUAUCCGAGCCGUGACCAGAGACAUCAAAGACUACAUCUCGGCCCAAUCCAAACGGUCUAUUCCUGUCGGCUAUUCGGCUGCGGAUGUUCGCACCCUGUUGAUAGGCUCAUUCAACUACCUUUCUUGUGGAUUGUCGAAUGAUACCAGUUCCAAGAUUGAUUUCUUUGGGCUCAACUCUUACUCUUGGUGCGGAGAUGCUACUUUCGAAACGUCCGGCUAUGAUGUCUUGGUAUCUGAUUUCAGCAACACGACCAUUCCGGUCUUCUUUUCCGAAUAUGGCUGCAAUCUGGUGACCCCGCGCAAUUUCAGUGAGGUUCCUGUGCUGUAUAGUUCAGAGAUGACUGGCGUCUUCUCCGGCGGUCUCAUCUACGAGUACAGCGAGGAAGUCAACAACUACGGUUUGGUUAAUCUGAAUGACAAUGGCACGGUCUCCAUCCUUGAGGACUAUAACAAUCUUCAAGCACGGUACGAUGCAUUGGAUGUUACGUCGCUUGAACAAGCCAAUGCGACUGCAACAACCUUGACUGCGCCGACAUGUAACCUCGACCUGCUCGCUGGUAGCGAUUUCACCGAUUUUGAACUUCCUGCACGCCCGAGUGGUGUGGAUGCUCUGAUCUUGAGUGGUGUGUCUGGCAAUACUACUGGCGCAACAACAGUUUCGAGCACGUCACCUAGUCAGACUGUUUAUAACACCAACGGCGAGGCGCUUUCUGGUCUGAAGCUGAAUGUUCUGGCUUGGGAUCAAAGCAAUUUGCCAGGCAACAAUACCAGCGGCACUACUACUGGAUCACCAUCGGGCAGCACAACCAGUACCAGCAGCAGUAGUACUGCUACCAAGACCAACGCAGCGGCCAGAGUUGAUGACGUUAAAUUCGGAUCUCUGAUGAUGGGUGCUCUAUCCGUCGGUCUGUACAUGCAGCUGUGAUUGGAUGGUAAAUUUCAAAAAGGCUGUCCUGCUUGAUGAACCAGGAUUUCUGCUCAGAGCUUGGUGCAUGGCACUGUUCAGGUUCACAGGAUGAACAUAAUUUGCAGAUGACUUGACAGGUCCAAGGGUCUUCAAAAGGCCUAUAUAGACAAGAUUAAUUAAUGCAUGAGUACAGAGAGAUGAAUUGAAAGAAUGACAGGAUUUUUAGCGGCUUGAAGAAAAUCUGCCACGAGGAAAGUAAAGUCACUACUGUCGCGCCGUUAGUAGUGGUGUGCUGCACAUCCCACGUAUUGUGGUAGGUUCUCCAUCAGUGA